AUGUUACUUUACACAUGUGUUCUAGCAACAACUCUUGUGUUAUCCUUGGGUUAAGAGGACUCGGAGUCCGAACUUAGGACGAAAUCAAAACGAAUAACCUAUGAGGACCCAGAUCCUUAUAAAAAUCUUAUCUAGUGGUUGAAGGAUGGCAAGGCAGAGGUGUCCAAAGUGUCAAUUGAAGUCAAGAGCGAAGGUUAUAGAACACUGAGAGCUUCUCAAUUUAUUCGAUAAGGAGAGUGGGUCCUCUUCGUUCCACGCACUCAUUAUCUUUCAUUGGAAGAAGUCAAGAAAAGUUGUCUCAUCAAUAGAAAAAUGAUUCAACUCAAUUAUAUUCCCAACAACAUUCAGACCUACUUUGUCAAUCACUUACUCCAAGAGAAUCGAAGACAAAAUUCCUUUUGGAAACCCUACAUCGACGUGUUGCCAAAAGACGUGAGCGGAUUUCCGACUAAUUUUGAUGCAGAGUAAGAUGCAUUACUUAAGGGAUCGCCAACUUUAUUUACAGUCAUGAAUCAGAGAAAAACAUUCUAAGAGGAGUACGAUAAUUUAAAAGAGGCAGUGAAAGAAUUUCAAAGAUAUGGAUAUACCUAUAAUGAUUUUGUGAAAUUUAGAACUCUCACCAUAUCUCGAAGUUUCCCUGUCUAUAUAGGUGAGAAUGAAUAACAAUAACUAUUGGUUCCAUUGGCUGACUUCAUCAAUCAUGAUAAUAAUGGAUUUCUGUAAUAUGGGUAUUCUCCAGAUGCAGACGGGUUCUUUAUGUAGGCUGUCAGAAAUAUCCAAAAGGGAGAGGAGUUAUUUUACAAUUAUGGUCAAUGGUCAAACAAAUACUUUUUUAUGAAUUAUGGAUUUGCCAGUCUAACAAAUCCAAUGAAUCAAUUUGAUUUUGACAUUUGUUUGGAUAGAAAUGAUAGGAUGUUUAAGAUGAAAGUUGAAUUGACUGGAGGGAACAUUUGUUGGGGUAAUAGAUUGGUCAAUGAAACUGAUCAUGACACUUUCAGACAAUCUUUGGCCACUGUCAGAUUUGCUUAGAUAUCAAAAUUGGACGAUUUCUUGUAAUUGGAAGAGGAUGUUCAAAAUUACAAUCAAUUUUGGCCAGGAUGGCACACUACACCAAAAACUAUUGAGUUAGAGAAGGCUACAUUCAAGGCAUUGAGAGAUUUGUUAGUUUCUGAGUUGGCUAACUUUGCCAGUACGAUUGAGGAUGAUCAGAGAAGAUUGAAUGAUCCUUCCACUCCUGAGUUUAGAAGACAUAUCAUCAUGUUGACUAUGAGGGAAAAGCAAAUCAUUAAGAAGAACAUUGAGGUUUGUGAUAUGAUGUUGUCUGUCAUCGAUAAGACUUCGGAAUAAUUAAAAGAUUUAAUGAGAUAUUACAAUUAUAGGGAAAUAGCAAGAUUUGUAAAUAGUGAGAUCAUUCCAAUGAAAUUAGAGGCAGAAGGACUUGCAUGA